GACGGGCGCUCACGUCUCAGUCCUAUUGGGUCCAGCAUCGACGGGAGGACUGAAUAAAUAGCGAGUGGGACGCGAGUGAGGAUGAGAUGAGUGGUGGAGCAGCAGAGGAAGUGGGAGGCACAGUAACCGGACUCUGACUCAACGGCGUCUGAAUUCUCCUUUCGCUCUCAAGUUGCGCUGCUUCUUUGCCCACUUUUUGCGCUCCAGCCGCUGUCAAUUUUUUCUUCUUCUUCUUCUUUCUUCUGUCCUACCUGCAUCGUGGCCCCUUAAGUUGUGUCGGUGCCCCUCUGCCCACCUAUCUGCUGCGAACCCGUUUUAAAGGGAGACACAUUCCCCGCGCUGCUUCCGCCGCUCAUUCGAAUUGAAUUCGAAAGCACGGCCACUAUGAUGAUAAUUUUCGCGGAGUUCUUCGUGGUCAUCUUGAAGGUGCUCUGGGCUAUUGUGACUGCCGGGACUAAAUGGGUUGUGCGGCCGAAGGAGAAGAGCGUGGCGGGACAGGUGUGCGUGAUCACCGGUGCUGGAAGCGGCCUCGGGCGGCUCUUCGCCAAGGAGUUCGCCCGGAGGCGAGCGAUCCUGGUGCUAUGGGACAUAAACAGCCAAAGCAAUGAGGAAACCGCGGAGAUGGUGCGGCAGAUUUACCACGAGCUGGACACCCCCAUAACCAAAGACGGACCUGUUAGAGGGGUGGAGGAGGUCCCCCCCUUCCAGCCGCAGGUCUACACCUACGUGUGUGACGUGGGGAAGCGGGAGAGUGUGUAUUCCACAGCCGAGAAGGUGCGCCGUGAGGUGGGAAAUGUAGACCUGCUGAUCAACAACGCCGGCGUGGUCUCCGGCCAUCACCUCCUGGAGUGCCCCGACGAGCUGAUCGAGCGCACCAUGGUGGUCAACUGCCACGCGCACUUUUGGACCACCAAGGCGUUCCUCCCCAAGAUGCUGGAGCUGAAUCACGGUCACAUUGUGACGGUUGCCAGCUCCCUGGGUUUAUUCAGCACAGCUGGAGUGGAGGACUACUGCGCCAGUAAGUUCGGUGCCAUCGGGUUCCACGAGUCACUGAGCCACGAGGUGAAGGCCUCAGAGAAGGACGGCAUCAACAUGACCCUGGUGUGCCCUUACCUGGUCGACACGGGAAUGUUCAAAGGCUGCAGGAUAAGGAAGGAGAUUGAGCCUUUCCUGCCUCCCCUGAAGCCAGAGUUCUGUGUGAAACAGGCCAUGAGGGCCAUCCUCACUGACCAGCCCAUGAUCUGUACACCUCGCAUCGUCUACAUGGUCAACUUCAUGAAAAGCAUCCUGCCCUUCGAGGCCAUCGUGUGCAUGUACCGGUUCCUCGGCGCCGACAAGUGCAUGUACCCCUUCCUCGCCCAGAGAAAGGAGGCCAUGAACAACAACGAGGCAAAGAACGGGAUGUAGGGGGCGCUGUUUGUGACGCGAGCAGAGGGACAUAAACCUGCGGAGCAUGAGGAAACAACCACUGACGAUGAAAAUGGGAGAAGAAGGGAGGAAGGAAGGAAGGAAGGAAGGAAAUGCGAAAAGACUGAAUCUAGACUUGUGCACUUGCGCGGAGCAAAUGCAAAGGUUUAUUAUAUUGUUCCUCUGGAACAAAGAAAGCUGUGUACUACACAAAUGAUUUAUUUGACUUUGUUUUGUCUUUUUAUUUUAUUUUUUGAGUUUAAAGAAACCAACAACUAUAUACUGUGUCACUAGUUUUGAAAUCAUACAGAAAAGCUAUCUUAUAAUUAACUAUUUACGUAAUGUAGUCACCAGCCUUAUUUAGUGUCAUUGUGGAACUAUACAGUAUGUUACUGUACAAACAGUAAAACAAAUGUUUUUUCACUUUUAUUUAAUUUUUGUAGACAUGCACUGUAAUUUCUGAUUUUUCUCUACACUGCCAGCAUUCUGUGCAGGAAGGUUCAACGCAGCAUUUCAAACCAUCCAACGUACCCCCCCCCCCCGAGCGGAGGCUCAGCAAAGGCUCUAAUUAUAGCUUGUGUUUAAAAAAGAAAAGAAAAAGGAAGAUAAAUGUCACAAUUAAAGUUUAUAAUAUGUUUUUACAUAAGUUACAGAUGUGCGGCGUACACGGUGUGUUGACGGUCAAGUGCACGGAUUCCCAAGGGGAGGUCUUGUUGUUUCGGGUCCGCAUUGACUGACCUCUCAAAUGAAAAAGCUGGCGAGGGAGUAAACAUCCGGGGUUGAACGAGCAUGUGUGACAUUCAGAAUGUAACGCUUUUGGGAGAGUUCGAGGGGAAAUGCAUUUAUUUCUCUCAUUUGUCUUUGUUUUCAAGAUCUGUGUCUGUUUAUAUUGUAUCUGUUACCAAUAUUUGUUCAAAACCAACAACGUAGGCCGUAACUCCAAGCAGACCGCCGUCCCGACACCGAUGUGUGUGUGUGUGUGUGUGUGUGUGGUCAAGGGAGCCGUUUUAAAAGACACUAGCUUUCCAUUAUCCUUUCCAAAGUAAAACUUUAACUCUCCUAUUCAUUGUCCAGUUAAAGUGAAAUGUAAAUGUUUAAAUGUUGUGAACACCCCCAGUAUCCCAAAUGACUGUCUCCACCAUAUUUGAUGUAUGACUAUUUUAUAUAAACUUUGGGAUGACAAGAGUUUCAGAAUUUCAACUACAUUCCAAUAGGCUUCAUCCCUUUGAGUCACACUGAUGAGCCUAAAUUCUCUACCUCUUGAGUUUUUUUUUUUUUUUUGACAGUAUGACAUAAGCCUUUUUAUUUUGUAAUUUUCUGAAGACUGCUCCAUUGUAGAGCAAAUGUGGUUCCAAUGUUUAGUGUCUCUACCUAACUUAAAUUAAUAAAAGUGAUUUAGAUUAUUAAA